CCUCGAGCACUUGGUCAUCAAUCUGCCUUCCUCCUGGACAGCAGACACUGGGCAACAUCAAAUGUGCAGUCCCUAAAAUACAUCAAAGCUAGGAUCACUUCCCCUCCUGGGUAGCUUGGGACCCCCAGUCCCUUUGGAAGAGCUGGCUUAUUUUCUUUUUAGGAGGCCUUCCUGCAUCUCUAGUCAUCAGGUUUAGGUCACACACUGAUCAGCCCUGCCACAUAGCGGAGACUCCAAAGAUGGAGCAGCUCCAGUGGGUGCCAAGGUUCAGAGCAGAGUCUUGAGAGCCUGAGGGGCAGGAGGAGGCAAAGGUCUCUGAGGACCAAGGGGUUUGGCCACAGUCCCUGAAGCUCUCAGGUGGUGGGGCUUCUGUGAGCAGGCACAUCCCUUAUGCAUGUGUGAUUGUGUGCUUGUGUGCUUGUGUGGUUGGGGGGUCCUUCCUGGAGGAGGCACCUAGGUUGAGGGCCCCAGGCUGGGAAUGGGGUGGGGCCUGUUGUCAAGGAAGAGAACUCAGCCCUGGAGGUUUCCGUGAGAGCUCCAGUCACAGGAGCCACAAGAUAAGAAGAGAGUGGCUGCAGAACCCAGGUGGCAGGCCUUUCCUCAGGCCCCUUACUCCUGACCUGGACGAGGCUGGGGCUUCCUCACAGAGGUAGGAGGUAUCCUGGCCAGCAGCGCAGCCAGAAGCUCUAGGAGGAAGGCUCUCUGACCGCCACCCCUGCCCGCCUGCCUGGCCCUGCACAACAUGCAGCCCGCGGGCCUUGAGGGUCCCGGUACGUUUGGUCGGUGGCCUCUGCUGAGUCCGCUGCUCCUGCUCCUGCUCCUGCUGCUGCUGCUCCAGCCUGUAACCUGCGUCUACACCACGCCGGGCGCCCCCAGAGCCCACACCAUGCCAGGCACCUAUGCUCCCUCGACCACACUCGGUAGUCCCAGCACCCAGGGCCUGCGAGAGCAGGCACGGGCCCUGAUGCGGGACUUCCCGCUAGUGGACGGCCACAACGACCUGCCCCUGGUCCUGAGGCAGGUUUACCAGAAAGGGCUACCGGAUGUUAACCUGCGCAAUUUCAGCUACGGCCAGACCAGCCUGGACAGGCUUAGAGAUGGCCUCGUGGGCGCCCAGUUCUGGUCAGCCUACGUUCCAUGCCAGACCCAGGACCGGGAUGCCCUGCGCCUCACCCUGGAGCAGAUUGACCUCAUUCGCCGCAUGUGUGCCUCCUAUUCUGAGCUGGAGCUUGUGACCUCGGCUAAAGCCCUGAAUGACACCCAGAAAUUGGCCUGCCUCAUCGGUGUGGAGGGUGGCCACUCGCUGGACAAUAGCCUCUCCAUCUUACGUACCUUCUACAUGCUGGGAGUGCGCUACCUGACGCUCACCCACACCUGCAACACGCCCUGGGGGUUGCAGGGAUGGAGGGUGGGUAGGGCCUCUAGGCUCUUGAGGCCACGGAACAGCUACCAGUUAGACUGCUUCCUGGCCACCUGCAGGGCAGAGAGCUCAGCUAAGGGCGUCCACUCCUUCUACAACAACAUCAGCGGGCUGACUGGCUUUGGUGAGAAGGUGGUGGCAGAAAUGAACCGCCUGGGCAUGAUGGUAGACUUGUCCCACGUCUCAGAUGCUGUGGCACGGCGGGCCCUGGAAGUAUCACAGGCACCUGUGAUCUUCUCCCACUCGGCUGCCCGAAGUGUAUGCAACAGUGCUCGGAAUGUUCCUGAUGACAUCCUGCAGCUUCUGAAGAAGAACGGUGGCAUCGUGAUGGUGUCUCUGUCCAUGGGAGUAAUACAGUGCAACCCGUCAGCCAAUGUGUCCACUGUGGCAGAUCACUUCGACCACAUCAAGGCAGUCAUUGGAUCCAAGUUCAUUGGGAUUGGCGGAGAUUAUGAUGGGGCCGGCAAAUUCCCUCAGGGGCUGGAGGACGUGUCCACAUACCCGGUCCUGAUAGAGGAGUUACUGAGUCGUGGCUGGAGUGAGGAAGAGCUUCAGGGUGUCCUUCGCGGAAACCUGCUACGGGUCUUCAGUCGAGUGGAAAAGGUACAGGAAGAAAACGAAUGGCGAAGCCCGUUGGAAGACAAGUUCCCGGAUGAGCAGCUGAGCAGUUCCUGCCGCUCCGACCUCUCACGUCUGCGUCAGAGACAGAGUCUGACUUCAGACCAGAAACUCACUGAGAUUCCCACACACUGGACACCCAAGUUAUCAGCCAAGUUGUCACUCUCAGAGUCCUCCCCCAACAUGGCCCCAGUCUUCACAGUUGUGGUCACCUUCCCAGUCCUUAUUCUGUGGCUCUGAUGACCCAGUUAGUCCUGCCAGAUGUCACUGUAGCAAGCCACAGACACCUCACAAAUUUCCCCUGUUGUGCAGGCACAAAUAUUUCCUGAAAAUAAAUGUUUUGGACAUAGAACCAGA